AUGAUCAUGCUCCAACCCAACGCCUCCCCUGCUGACUUACAGGAUCAACAUUCCUUGUAUGACAACGAGAUGUCGGAGAAUUUCGAGGUUGAGGUUUUUUUGCGGCUGUCGCCUACGGUUUCGACCGUUGCGCCCGGGGUGACAACGCGGCCGCUACAGUCGUUGAUGACAACGACAACGACGACGAUGGAGACUAUGAUGGUGGCAACGAGUGGGUCAUCGAAGAACAAGUUGAAAGUAAUGGUACAACCGAAAUUUGGGAACUCAAAGAUACCAAUGGAAGUGAACCCAACGGAUAAUGUGGGGAAAUUGAAGAAAGAGCUACAAAAGCUACAGAAGAGACUACAUUUUCAUCUGCCACUAGAGGGUUUCUUUUUCAUUUAUGACCGCGACGUUAUGGGCGAAGACCGCUCCUUCAGUUGGCAUGGCGUGGCCCACGGCGAUACCAUUGAGAUCUUCAAUGGCAGCGUUUCUGGCGGAUCUUAA